AUGCUAGUUCAUUUGCCUGUAGAGCUUGUGCAGUCAAUAGCCGAGAGGCUAGAGCACGAGUCCGAUAUAAAUGCUUUUGCCCAAACGGCUACCUGCAUCCAUGAAAGUGUCGAUCCAUAUCUGUACCGCUUCAAUGCACAACAUGAAAAAGGAUCAGCGUUAUUAUGGGCAGCGAGAUGGGGGGAACCAGCCACAGCCCGGAAAUCCCUAGAAGCCGGGGCCCGAACACAGCCGAAGGUCCUACAAGCGGCACUUUCAGAGGCGGCAAGAAACGGACAUAAGGCGGUGGUUGAACUGCUGCUUACUGCAGAAUGUAUCGACCCCAAUUUGAAGAACUCCGAGGGACAAACACCACUAUCGCAGGCAGCGGCAAAAGGGCAUACAGAAGUCAUUGAGGUCUUACUUGCUACGGAAGGCGUCGAUCCCGAUUCCCAGGAUAAUAGAGGGCAGACAGCGCUGUGGUGGGCAACUCAAGGUUCACAUGAAGAGGCAACGAAAAUGAUACUCGCCUUCAACGGCUGUGUCAAUCCGGAUACGAAGAAUGCUUGGGGCGAAACUCCACUAUUAUGGGCGUCACGUAAUGGGAACACGAAAAUAGUUGAAUUACUCCUUGCGACGAUGCGUGUCGACUCAGAUUCGAGGAAUCACCUCGGCGAGACGCUGUUAUUCCAGGCAGCACAGAACGGGCAUGAAUUUGUAGUCAAACUCCUACUUGCAUCGCAUGUCAACCCGGAUUCGGAAGAUCGACGAGGAGAGACGCCGUUAUUGAAAGCAUCCAGGAAUGGACACGAGGCAGUAGUCAAACUGUUGCUUGCUACGAAAUCUGUCAACUCUGAUCUCCGCGAUUUGGCCGGCCGGACGGCUUUAUCAUGGGCCGCGGAGCAUGGGCAUGUAGAACUGGUCAGACUGCUACUUGAUGUGGAAUGUGUCAACGCUGAUACCCAGGAUCAUUGGGGAUGGACACCGUUAUUGAUAGCAGUCAAAGAGGGUCACAGACUAGUUGUCGAUCUACUAGUCAGCAGUGGGCAAGUUGAACCUGACUGGCCCUGCUAUAAGGGAGAAACCCCAUUGUGGCACGCGGCAUCGAGUGGGUUUGAGAUAAUUGUCGCCACACUGCUUGGUACGAAAACUGUCAACCUAGAGACCUCGAACUCUGUUGGACAGACGCCUCUUGAAAUGGCGGCAUAUUGGGGAUAUGCGGCGGUAGUCAAAAUGCUACUUGCCGCCGGAGCAGAUCCUAAUACCCAAGAUUCCUUUGGAGAUACACCAUUAUCAUCAGCAGCAUCAUGUGAAUCAAAGGACGGUGAGGCAGUAGUCAAGUUGCUGCUUGCUACGGAAGGUAUCCAUCUGAACCCGCAGGACCAUGCAGGACGUACGCCCCUGUCAAUUGCGGCAGAAGCCGGACACAAGGCCAUGGUGAAUUUGCUCCUCACCAUGGAAGGCGUGGAUCCAGAACUGAAAGAUUUUGAGGGACGAACCCCCCUUAUCAUGGGCGGAGGAUUCCGGUAA